CCAGAUGAGCAUGAGCUCCGGCGGGUCUCCGCCGGCUGUGCAGGUGCAGCUCAGCACCGGCAUCGUCGGGUUCCUCGCCCGGCGUGCCAUGUCGUCGACGCAGAGGUCCAUGUCUUGUUCCCAGCAACAGGAGCGUCCCCUGGACUCGCCCGGCUCCUCCUCCUCCUCCGUCGGCUCGGCGCCGUGGAGCAGUACUAGUGCCACCGCCCUUGAAGUUGAGCUUGAGCAGCGGCCACCGGAGUCGGAGGAGGAGCGAGCCGUGUACCGCGGGGUGCGCAAGCGGCCGUGGGGCAAGUUCGCGGCGGAGAUCCGGGACUCGACGCGCAACGGCGUGCGCGUGUGGCUGGGCACCUUCGACAGCGCGGAGGCUGCGGCGCUGGCGUACGACCAGGCGGCGUUCGCCAUGCGGGGCGCGGCGGCGGUGCUCAACUUCCCCGUGGAGCGGGUCCGGCAGUCGCUGGAGGGGAUGGGCAUGCUGGAGGCGUGCGGCGGUGGGGGGUCGCCCUCGCCGGUGGUGGCGCUGAAGCGGCGGCAUUCCAAUUCGAUGCGGGUGCGGCAGCCGGCGAGGCGCAGGGGCAGGAGCAGAGGCGAGGUGAUGGAGCUGGAGGACCUGGGAACAGAGUACCUGGAGGCGCUGCUGGGCGCCACCGCCGCAGAGGAGCAGACGGAGACCAGCAGCUGGUGCCGGAGCCACCACUCUGUCUGAUGCUGCUCUGACGAUUGGCACCCAACUAAACACGUUUUGAUUUGAUUGUUCUUCGCCAUUACAGACACUAGUAUCUAGAUUGAGAAAUGAUGACGAAAAUGAACAGAAGCAAGUUUGAUUUGAUA